GACUCUUAGUGAGACUAAUCCCAAAGUGGCACAUUCCAAGGGGCUAAUCUGCCCAAGUUCAUUGCUUACUUGAAGCGUCUCUUGGGGGAAGAGCCCGGGCAAGUGACUUUUUUUCCAGUGGGCGGUCAUAAGACCAUUAUUAACGGGAUGACCAGCCCCGGCCACAGCAAAAUGAAAGCAACGGGAGCUGCUCGGGGGACUGCCUUUGCCUCCACCCAGAGUCAAUGCUCAGGCUCAGAAGUCCUGGAUAGAAAGAGCAUUUUAUAAAAGAGAAUGUGUUCACAUCAUACCCAGCACCAAAGACCCCCAUAGGUGUUGCUGUGGGCGUCUAAUAGGCCAACAUGUUGGCCUCACUCCCAGUAUCUCUGUGCUUCAGAAUGAGAAAAAUGAAAGUCGCCUCUCCCGGAAUGACAUCCAGUCCGAGAAAUGGUCCAUCAGCAAGCACACUCAGCUCAGCCCGACGGAUGCUUUCGGGACCAUUGAGUUCCAAGGAGGUGGCCAUUCCAACAAAGCCAUGUACGUUCGAGUAUCUUUUGAUACAAAACCUGAUCUCCUCCUACACCUGAUGACCAAGGAAUGGCAGUUGGAGCUUCCCAAGCUUCUCAUCUCUGUGCAUGGGGGCCUGCAGAACUUUGAACUCCAGCCAAAACUCAAGCAAGUCUUUGGGAAAGGGCUCAUCAAAGCGGCAAUGACGACCGGAGCGUGGAUAUUCACUGGAGGGGUCAACACAGGUGUUAUUCGUCAUGUUGGAGACGCCUUGAAAGACCACGCAUCCAAGUCUCGAGGGAAGAUAUGUACCAUAGGCAUCGCCCCCUGGGGAAUUGUGGAAAACCAGGAGGACCUGAUUGGAAGAGAUGUUGUCCGGCCAUACCAGACCAUGUCCAACCCCAUGAGCAAGCUCACUGUUCUCAACAGCAUGCACUCCCAUUUCAUUCUGGCCGACAAUGGGACCACGGGCAAAUAUGGAGCAGAGGUGAAACUUCGGAGACAGCUGGAAAAGCACAUUUCACUCCAGAAGAUAAACACAAGAAUUGGUCAAGGUGUUCCAGUGGUGGCGCUCAUUGUGGAAGGAGGUCCCAACGUGAUCUCGAUUGUUUUGGAGUACCUUCGAGACACCCCUCCCGUGCCGGUGGUUGUCUGUGAUGGGAGUGGCCGGGCAUCCGACAUCCUGGCAUUUGGGCAUAAAUAUUCAGAAGAAGGCGGGUAGGUAAUUGUUCAGGAGCCCACAGUAGACCAUUGGGUGCACAAGUUGUGUUCAAAGCUUGGAAAAGAGGACAUUAGUUGAUUAUAUUUUCAGUAGCUCAACCAAGGCCUCACAUCAGAACCAGCUAUGAGCAAGUUGUCUAAAAGAUGCCUGCCAUGGGUGGGUGGUGAAGGAGAACAGAAGGAUAAAUUCUAAACAUCCUGUGAAGUGGGACAUUCCAUGGGAGCUCUACUGGACCACACUGGUAGUAAAGAGCAUGAGGGAA